UGAAAGUUGGAGCAAGCAGGAAGUGAAGCCUGGGCUGCGCGGGGAGGAAACCGACUGGGCGAGUUCUGCGGCGGCCAGGCCUGAGCGCUCGGAGACAUGGAGGAGGCAAGUGGAGGUGGAGGAAAUGAUCGGGUUCGGAACUUGCAGAGCGAGGUGGAGGGAGUCAAGAAUAUUAUGACCCAGAAUGUAGAGCGGAUCCUGGCCCGUGGGGAGAACUUGGACCAUCUCCGCAACAAGACAGAGGAUCUGGAAGCCACGUCGGAGCACUUCAAGACGACAUCGCAGAAGGUGGCCCGGAAAUUCUGGUGGAAGAAUGUGAAGAUGAUUGUCAUCAUCUGUGUGGUUGUCAUAGUCAUCAUCCUUUUUAUUGUGCUCUUUGCCACUGGAACCAUCCCCACUUAGGAAGUCCCUCCCAAUCCCAACCUCUUCUGCAGGGGUGACCCUCCAAAAUGGGUGCCAAGAGAAGCCCUCUCUCCUGUCCUCCAUGGGAAUGCUGCUCAGUCCCUCAGGCCCCUCCGCCACAUAGUAUGCCCCAGAAGCACCCCUGGAAGGAGAGCUGGACUGUGGUGCAUUUCACAGGUCCCUAGAAUGGGUUGGAGAGGACUCAGAGGAUGCUGUGUGUAUCUGGGAAACUGUUGGUGGCCAGUGGGCAAUAAAGGCUUUUCAGUAUCC